GUGACAUCACUUCACUUUGCCUUCGAAGGCUGGUCUGUGCUCAGUGUUUUCGUGGUGAUGCAAGUCGGCUCUCUCCUCCAGCAGUUGGAUCCCUCCCAUCUCACAGUACCUCACAGGUCUCUUCCCCCGAGCAGUGCAUUGCUGGAGCGAGGAGAAGCUCACGAAUCAGCUGCAGGUCUCUGUUUUGAAAAAGCAGAGAUACAGAGGCAGAGGAAAAGGGUGGACUGCUAUGUGACCUGUUCUUAGAGCAAGACAAUCACCAUCUGAAUUCCAGAAGCCCUGUUCAUGGUUGGGGAUAUUUUCUCGACUGCAUGGAAUCAGAAAGAAGCAAAAGGAUGGGAAAUGCCUGCAUUCCCCUGAAAAGAAUUGCUUAUUUCCUAUGUCUCUUAUCUGCGCUUUUGCUGACUGAGGGGAAGAAACCAGCGAAGCCAAAAUGCCCUGCCGUGUGUACUUGUACCAAAGAUAAUGCUUUAUGUGAGAAUGCCAGAUCCAUUCCACGCACCGUUCCUCCUGAUGUUAUCUCAUUAUCCUUUGUGAGAUCUGGUUUUACUGAAAUCUCAGAAGGGAGUUUUUUAUUCACACCAUCGCUGCAGCUCUUGAGCCUUGCAAACAACAAUCUCCAGACACUCCCAAAAGAUAUUUUCAAAGGCCUGGAUUCUUUAACAAAUGUGGACCUGAGGGGUAAUUCAUUUAAUUGUGACUGUAAACUGAAAUGGCUAGUGGAAUGGCUUGGCCACACCAAUGCAACUGUUGAAGACAUCUACUGCGAAGGCCCCCCAGAAUACAAGAAGCGCAAAAUCAAUAGUCUCUCCUCGAAGGAUUUCGAUUGCAUCAUUACAGAAUUUGCAAAGUCUCAAGACCUGCCUUAUCAAUCAUUGUCCAUAGACACUUUUUCUUAUUUGAAUGAUGAGUAUGUAGUCAUCGCUCAGCCUUUUACUGGAAAAUGCAUUUUCCUUGAAUGGGACCAUGUGGAAAAGACCUUCCGGAAUUAUGACAACAUUACAGGCACAUCCACUGUAGUAUGCAAGCCUAUAGUCAUUGAAACUCAGCUCUAUGUUAUUGUGGCCCAGCUGUUUGGUGGCUCUCACAUCUAUAAGCGAGACAGUUUUGCAAAUAAAUUCAUAAAAAUCCAGGAUAUUGAAAUUCUCAAAAUCCGAAAACCCAAUGACAUUGAAACAUUCAAGAUUGAAAACAACUGGUACUUUGUUGUUGCUGACAGUUCAAAAGCUGGUUUUACUACCAUUUACAAAUGGAACGGAAACGGAUUCUACUCCCAUCAAUCCUUACACGCGUGGUACAGGGACACUGAUGUGGAAUAUCUAGAAAUAGUCAGAACACCUCAGACACUCAGAACGCCUCAUUUAAUUCUGUCUAGUAGUUCCCAGCGUCCUGUAAUUUAUCAGUGGAACAAAGCAACACAAUCAUUCACUAACCAAACUGACAUUCCUAACAUGGAGGAUGUGUACGCAGUGAAGCACUUCUCAGUGAAAGGGGACGUGUACAUUUGCUUGACAAGAUUCAUUGGUGAUUCCAAAGUCAUGAAAUGGGGAGGCUCCUCGUUCCAGGAUAUUCAGAGGAUGCCAUCGCGAGGAUCCAUGGUGUUCCAGCCUCUUCAAAUAAAUAAUUACCAAUAUGCAAUUCUUGGAAGUGAUUACUCCUUUACUCAAGUGUAUAACUGGGAUGCAGAGAAAGCCAAAUUUGUGAAAUUUCAGGAAUUAAAUGUUCAGGCACCAAGAUCAUUCACACAUGUGUCCAUUAAUAAGCGUAAUUUUCUUUUUGCUUCCAGUUUUAAGGGAAAUACACAGAUUUACAAACAUGUCAUAGUUGACUUAAGCGCAUGAGACACCAAAUUCUGUGGCUGCCAUCAGAAAUUUUCUACAGUACAUGACCCGGAUGAACUCAAUGCAUGAUGACUCUUCUUAUCACACUUGCAAAUGAAUGCCUUUCAAACAUUGAGACUGCUAGAACCAAGCACUACCAGUAUCUCCAUCCUUAACUGUCCAGUCCAGUGAUGUGGGAAGUUACCUUUUAUAAGACAAAAUUUAAUUGUGUAACUGUUCUUUGCAGUGAAGAUGUGUAAAUAAGCGUUUAAUGGUAUCUGUUACUCCAAAAAGAAAUAAUAUGUACUUUUCCAUUUAUUUAUUCAUGUGUUCAGAAACAACUGCCAAAUAAAAUGUUUACAUUUUCUUUCA